AUUUGACAUUAUCACGAGUACUGAAAAAUUUAUCCAAGGAUUGGAAGUACGUUUUGUAUCCGUUGGCGCUGAUAUCAGGAAGAAUCUUUGUACUCUAACCUAAAAAUUUCUUUUCUGUGGAAAAACAUAAACAAACGCAGCAAACGUGUAUUGUGAAAUAAAAACUAUUAUCUCAAAAAGAAAAAAACAUGGAUUUGGACGAAGAUGAUGGAAUUCAUCGGCUGGAAGGUUCAAGCUCCAGUGUUGGUGGUUUGGUAAUCAAGAAAGAACAGAAGGAGCCGACAUUUAAGGUGCCAAAACCAUCACUUCUGGGAUUGGACAAAUUAGCUGCUGCACGUCGUAAAGAACGCGAGAAAGAAGCUAGUCGUCUGAUCUCUUUUAAGGACAGUGAAUUCGAUGAUACAGAAACCAAUUCAUCUGGCAAGGGAGCCUUCAAAACGCCUGACAUCAGCAAGUCUCAUGUUCUGAGCAGAAAGUAUCGCGAUGGAGGUGAUGAGACUCCGUCGUACACGGGCGGUGUUACAGAUACAGCUCGUCAUCGGAUGCUUGAAAGGAUGGCAAGCAGCAAUGUGGCUCAUCGAAGUGGAGAGAAAGGGGUCUAUGCAUCAACAAAAGACCUUAAGAAGAGGGAUAAGGAUAGGGAUCGUGACAGGGAAAGAGGUAGCAGCCGAAAAAGAGAUCGGGAUUAUGAUCGAGGAAGAAGCAGUAGAGACGAUCGACAUCAUCGUGAGGGAAGCUCUUCGCGUUCUAGGGAUGCAACACCACGUACACCUCGUGAUUCCGGAAGGUAUUCCGUGUCUGGCUCUGCCUGGGAUGACGAUGAUGAGAGAAUACCACUGAAAAAGUCAUCGUGGGAUUUCCCAACGCCCAAAUCAAUCGCGGAUGAGCGAAGUGAAUGGUCAGAGAGAAGCAAUCGAAGACCCUGGUCAUCUCGUCAAAAACCAGAAGAUGAAACUCCUCGUGCGACUCCGGCCCAUAAAUUCAACAGUUGGGCAAAUGAUCGGAGGCGAUCAGGAGCAACUCCACGGAGUUCUCGUGAAACUUCCACAUCCCACCAUCAGCCAUGGAGUACAGAUGAGGACAAGAAAUUGUGGGAGGAAGAGCAGAAACGUCUGGAUCGAGAAUGGUAUAACAUCGACGAAGGCUACGAUGAUGAGAAUAAUCCCUUUGGUGGCACGAAUUCUGAGUACUUUCGACGGCGUGAGGAGCAACUGGAGCAGAAACGCACUAAGCGAAUGUCUGCACAGCAGCGUCAAAUCAACAAGGACAAUGAGCUGUGGGAACGGAAUCGGAUGCUGACCUCGGGUGUAGUAAUGUCCAUCAAUGUUUCUGAGGAUUACGAUGAGGAAGCAAUUGAGAGAGUUCAUCUUCUGGUGCACCACAUUGUACCACCUUUCUUGGAUGGACGCAUAGUUUUUACCAAGCAGCCAGAACCAGUUAUUCCUGUCAAAGAUCCAACAAGUGAUAUGGCCCUCAUUGCUCGCAAGGGUAGUGCUCUGGUGCGAGUAUUCCGGGAGCAAAAGGAACGUCGGAAGGCGCAGAAGAAGCACUGGGAAUUAGGUGGAACGAAGAUCGGCAACAUUAUGGGAAUCCAAAAGAGAGCUGAUGAAGAAGAUGAGAAAUUCAAUGAGGACACAGACACGGCAGAUUACAGGAAAGAUCAGAAAUUCGCAGAGCACAUGAUGGAGACGGAUAAUAAGAAAAGUGAAUUUUCGCGCAAGAAGACUAUUCAUGAGCAACGGAAUUAUUUGCCGGUAUUUGCUGUGCGUCAGGAACUCCUCAACGUCAUCCGGGAAAAUUCAGUGGUAAUCAUUGUGGGUGAAACGGGCAGUGGCAAGACCACUCAACUCACUCAAUAUCUCCAUGAGGAUGGGUACAGCAAAUUCGGCAUGAUUGGAUGCACUCAGCCCCGGAGAGUAGCUGCAAUGUCUGUAGCCAAACGAGUCUCCGACGAAAUGGGCACCAAACUAGGCAAAAGGCAUGAAGGGCUUUGCCAUGGAUUCAAUAUGAACUUUGAAGUCUCUCGCCAAUUUGAGAAUUAUGUCUGGUGGGAAAAAUAUUCAUCAAUUUACUGGGCAAUUGUCCAAUUUUCACACACUCAAACUAUUGUUGCACGCCGGCACGAUCUAAAGCUCAUCGUGACAUCCGCCACUAUGGAUUCCACAAAAUUUGCAACAUUCUUUGGCAAUGUGCCCACCUUUACAAUUCCUGGACGGACGUUUCCUGUGGACAUAUUCUUCAGCAAAAACAGCUGUGAUGACUAUGUUGAUGCUGCUGUUAAACAAGCUCUUCAGAUUCAUCUUCAACCCACUGAAGGAGAUAUCCUUAUUUUUAUGCCAGGUCAGGAAGAUAUUGAGGUCACUUGUGAGGUAUUGGCUGAUCGUUUAGCUGAGAUAGAUAAUGCUCCACAAUUAUCAAUUUUGCCCAUUUAUUCUCAACUACCAUCGGAUCUUCAAGCAAAAAUUUUCCAGAGAUCCCCAGAAGGAUUGAGAAAGUGUGUAGUGGCUACCAAUAUUGCUGAGACUUCCCUGACAGUCGAUGGAAUCAUUUAUGUUGUUGAUUCUGGUUAUUGCAAGUUAAAAGUGUACAAUCCAAGAAUUGGAAUGGAUGCUUUGCAAAUUUAUCCGAUAUCUCAAGCAAAUGCCAAUCAGAGAUCUGGACGUGCAGGUAGAACUGGACCUGGUCAGGCAUUCAGAUUGUAUACGGAACGACAGUAUAAGGAUGAUCUUUUGCCAUUAACUGUGCCUGAGAUUCAGAGAACUAAUCUGGCUAACACGGUGCUUCUCCUGAAGUCAUUGGGAGUUGUGGAUUUGCUCCAGUUUCAUUUUAUGGAUCCACCUCCUCAAGACAACAUCCUCAAUUCACUAUAUCAACUUUGGAUUCUGGGUGCAUUGGAUCACACAGGAGGACUCACACCACUUGGUCGACAAAUGGCUGAAUUCCCCCUCGAUCCGCCUCAGUGUCAGAUGCUAAUAGUUUCAUGCCAAAUGGAGUGUAGUGCAGAGGUUCUAAUUAUCGUGUCUAUGCUUUCUGUACCUUCUAUUUUUUAUCGGCCCAAGGGUCGUGAAGAAGAGGCUGAUGGUGUAAGGGAGAAAUUUCAAGUGCCUGAGUCAGAUCAUUUGACUUAUCUCAAUGUCUACAAUCAGUGGAAGCAAAACAACUAUUCAUCUAACUGGGCUAAUGAGCACUUUAUCCACAUCAAAGCACUGCGUAAGGUGCGUGAAGUGCGUCAGCAAUUAAAGGAUAUUCUAGUGCAGCAACGUCUCCCGGUGAAAUCUUGCGGAACAAAUUGGGAUGUAGUACGGAAAUGUAUUUGCUCUGCGUACUUUUACCAGGCAGCGAGACUCAAGGGAAUUGGAGAAUAUGUGAAUUUGAGAACAGGAAUGCCAUGUCAUCUGCAUCCGACGUCAGCACUCUAUGGUUUAGGUACAACACCGGAUUAUGUGGUAUACCAUGAGCUAGUGAUGACGGCUAAAGAAUAUAUGCAGUGUGCCACUGCAGUAGAUGGGCAUUGGCUGGCAGAAUUGGGACCUAUGUUCUUCUCUGUAAAGGAAACAGGACGCAGUGGACGCGAGAAAAAACGUCAAGCAGCUGAACAUCUUCAGGAAAUGGAAGCACAGAUGCAGAAAGCUCAAAAGCAGAUGGAAGAACAGAAACUCCAGGCAGCUCAAAGGGAGGAAGCAAUGAUGCCUAAACAGGAGAUUUUGACACCAGGAGCAACCCCCAGAAGGACUCCGGCAAGAAUUGGACUCUGAUCUAUAGGACAUGUUAAAAGAUAAGUUUAAUCCUAUUUUUUGAAUAAUUAUAAAAUAUAAUUACUUCUAUUAAUAAAGAUGGGAUUGUUUAAUGUAAAAAAAAAA